GUUACGUCACGGUAAGCGGAAGUCGCGGCUGCUGUUUUGAAAUCUGGCAGCCCGGGUCUUCCCAGCUCCCGCUCACGCCGAGCACCCGACCCCUGACCCCUACAGUCCGAGCCCUGCCGGCCUGAGGCCGCAGCCGCGCCAUGGCCACCCCUCCGUUGGCGGCGUCGGGGAUGGCGCCCGGGCCCUUCGCCGGGCCCCAGGCUCAGCAGGCCGCCCGGGAGGUCAACACAGCAUCGCUGUGCCGGAUCGGGCAGGAGACGGUCCAGGACAUCGUGUACCGCACCAUGGAGAUCUUUCAGCUGCUGAGGAACAUGCAGCUGCCAAAUGGUGUCACUUACCAUACUGGAACAUAUCAAGACCGGUUAACAAAGCUACAGGACCAUCUUCGCCAACUUUCUAUUCUCUUCAGGAAGCUGAGAUUGGUCUAUGACAAGUGCAAUGAAAACUGUGGAGGAAUGGAUCCCAUCCCAGUAGAGCAACUUAUUCCAUAUGUGGAAGAAGAUGGCUCAAAGAACGAUGACCGGGCUGGCCCGCCUCGUUUUGCCAGUGAAGAGAGGCGAGAAAUUGCUGAAGUAAAUAAAAAACUCAAACAGAAGAAUCAACAGCUGAAGCAAAUUAUGGAUCAAUUACGAAAUCUCAUCUGGGAUAUAAAUGCCAUGUUGGCCAUGAGGAACUAAACUGAUAUUUAAAUUUCCUGCUUUACACUUGUUGUACUGUUGUUUUUUCCCUCAAGUAUUUUUUCCCUUUGAAGAAGAUUAUUUAUCUGCUUUUAUUUUAGUCACAACUAAAACCCUAUUUUUAUAUUAUGGUUUUGUAUUAAAGUAUGCAUCAAAUUUUUUUAAUGCUAUCAAUCCUAUGAAAGAUUAUUAUAAUAAAAUUUGAUAGAGUUUGUGUUUUGGUUAAUCUUCAUGAAUUUCUUAGGGCAAAAUAAAGUUUUGUAAAUAAAUUUU